AUCAAUUGUGAUGAAUUGGCUGACCCCCGCGGCCGGCCACAGGUGGCUCACAGCGCCAGCCGCCAGCCCGCUUUUGAUAAAGCUAAGAUAAGCACCCGCGGCAGGCGCGAACAACAACAUUGAACGGAUCUGGAAUUAGAGGCACUGGGUGGGUGAAGCGCGUCACCUCCAAACGCAAUAUCAGCCAGUCUUCACCUGAUCACUUCCCCCUUGCAAUUGAGCCGAGAGCUCACCUCGACAAACCAGGGUUGGUCGCAGAACUCAUUCCUGUGCCAUCCUGCUAGUCAAUCGCCUACUGUAACCGCGUUCCAGGUUCGCGCCGCCCGACUUACACUACACGCUCUUCCUCGACUGAACGCGACGACGACAACAAUAAGGAGUCUUGCAGCUAUAAGGGAAAAGGAAAUGCCAAUUGGUAGACAGCCCAAGCGUCGCGUGAACGCGUCGAUUCGUUAACAUGCCAACGCUUCAUAUCGAGCCAACCUCGCACGACCACCUCCAGGACAUCGCCAAUGCCAUUCUAAAGGCGCGAAAGGUGGUUGUGGUCACUGGAGCCGGCAUCAGCACCAAUUCAGGCAUCCCGGACUUUCGCUCAAAGAACGGGCUAUACUCACUAAUUCAAGAGCAGUACGAUGCAGCAGCUCGCUUGGAGUCACAGCAAAGCUCACAAUCGACGGACGCCGAGGAAGAAUCGCCCAUCAUCGAGCUGCAACAGGUCGUGGACGCGCAGCUACGCCGAGAACAAAAUGGCAACGAGGCAGCAGCAGAGCAGUCAGAUGACAAGGACUCCAAUCAGGCCUCGAAACGACGCAGAAUCACGCGAUCGACUACAGUUGAAGUCUUCUCACAGUUGGCGACACCGAAACGCGUCGAAAACCUGGCCCCGACCUCACCUCUGUCUUCCCCUCCCAGUCACUUUUGGCAUCCGUCCUCGCCGCUGUCGUCCCCCCCUGCGGCAUUUUUUGAUUCGCACGCCCUGCGAUCGAGCAGUCUGGCUGACCGCGACUCAGUCAUGAGUUUGCGGUCCGAAAGCUCAUCGGAGUCAGAUGCCGAUGUCGACGAUAACGAGGAGACGGAAUCUUCUUUCCGGCGCCACAAGCUGCCCCCAAUCAAGGGCAAGGAUCUUUUCGAUGCUCAAAUCUGGUCUGACCCCAAGAAAACGUCGGUCUUCUACACGUUUGCAACUUCACUCCGUCAAAAGGUCCGGGACUGUCAGCCUACCACGUCACACCACUUUAUCCGGCACCUCAAAGACCGUGGGAAGCUCGUCAGGUGUUACACGCAGAACAUUGACAGGAUCGAGGAGAAGGUGGGCUUGUCGACGUCUCUAUCCGAGGGCCCAGGCGAUAAGGGGCGUUUCUCGCGUCGCUCUAUCCGUGCAGGCAACGCGAGCCAGUUGAGCAGAAUGGUUGGAGAGGCGGCACAUGACAGCCAGCAAGUUCAGCAACCACCAGUAGCCCCGCCGGCGGCAAAAUCAGGCGUGGAAUGCGUGUAUCUGCACGGAUCGUUGGAAACUCUAGCUUGCUUUCGUUGCAAGCUCGAGUCUUCCUGGGACGGCCUAGAGACGGUAACCAUAUCUGGCCAGCAGCCUCAAUGUCCACAUUGUAUCGGCGAGACAACGGCUCGAGAAGAGAAAGGCAAGCGGGCUCUGGGCGUUGGUCUGCUGAGGCCGAAUAUAAUUCUCUACGGCGAGGAGCACCCACGCGGAGACCUGAUCGGUCCUAUUAUCGAACAGGACGUUGCUUUGAGCCCGGAUGUCAUGCUUAUUAUGGGCACAAGUCUGCGGGUGCACGGACUGAAGUUCAUUGUCCGCGAAUUUGCUAAAGCUAUCCAUAAUAACGGCAAAGGCAAGGUUAUAUUUAUUAACCUCACAAAGCCGCCGGAGAGCACCUGGGGUGAUAUUCUGGACUAUUGGAUACAGUGGGAUUGCGACGCGUGGGUCACCGAUUUACAAGCUCGCGUGCCUGCAUUAUGGCAAGAGGCGAGCGAGACGGAGAAGAAACCAAAACCGGUCCCGGCAUAUCCUGUGGCCUUGCGAGAUCAUAAGCAAAACGGGGCCUAUUGGACUUGCAAGAUCAUGGACGAGCUUUAUCAGAUCACUGGAAACCCAGCGCUGGCAAGAAAGCCGAAGAUACCACGAUUGCGCAGCACCCAGUCUGACGCUUCUGCCAGCUCACAGGCCUCGCAAUCCUCGGAGACGUUUUCGGCGCCAGCAGGGGCGCCCAGCGCGGCCAUCGCUUCAGAUUCCCAACCGCAAACGCAUCAAGCUCCGGGAGCGCAGCCUGGGCCGAUUGGUCCAAGGCCUGCCUAUCUUCACCAACCCCUUCUACCGAUGAAUGGAUGCGCGCUGCCGCCUCCUUUCCUGCUACACCCUAGGCCUGACCCCAUGCCUGGGCCUCAAUCUCCCUAUGCGACGCCCGUCAGUACUGGCAACAGAGCCUCUCUCAGCGCGAUUCCCUGUGCGAUCAAGGAGAACCCCCGGCGUCGCACACCAAAGAAGUUUUUCGACGAGGUCAUGGCCAGGCCAUCCACCAAGUCGCGGCCAGUGCUCGGCGAGAUUGUUGACAAUAACCAACGACGGUCUACAAUCUCCUUGCCUGCUUCCCGCCCUGGGCCAAAUGGCAUGCCACCGGCGCCAUGGCUAUACACUGAUGAGCGGCAGCAAGUGACACACCUUUCCGACCGCAUGGAAUUGUCUUGUCAAAGCAUCACGCCUCAGGGGUCGCGAAACAAGCCAUUGCCACGACCAGACGCCGACACGGGAUCAUCAGCGCGCCACACUACGCCAGAGCACGACGCCAUGCGGACUCUGCUCAGCAUGGGGCUUCCGGAUUCCUUGGUGUUGACUCCUCAGUUUGCCGCAAAGCCGCCGCACAUCGGCUCGGACCUGCGAAGUUGGGAAUAUAUUGGUGUCACUCACACGCGGGGCCUGGUGGGGUCGACACGCCCUGUCAUCGACAGAGCAGGCGGCGACACUCUGCUGCUGUAUAUAACAGAAAGCGCUGACAUCUGGAUUUGGUUCAUUGACUUUCACAGAACAGACAAGAUGACAAUGGACGCAACGAAAGAGGUACCCGGGCAGCGAGAAGCCGUGGCCAUGGGCAGCGACGGAUUUGCUACGUUCGGCCAUGCUCUCAAGCCAGAGUUCCCCUUUGAUCCCGAGUGGAGGAAUCUCAACCAAGGCUCGUUUGGUACCGCGCCAAAUGCCAUCAUGGCCAGACGUGCCCAUUACCAGAGGCAGUAUGAACUACGACCGGAUGAUUUCAUCCGUCGUGAGCUACCUCGUCUUCUGGAUGAGUCUCGCGCCGAGGUGGCCAAGCUGAUCAAUGCGCCGGUCCAAUCCGUCGUCUUUGUCUCCAAUGCCACCGAGGGAGUCAACACUGUGUUGAAGAAUCUGCAGUGGAACGAGGAUGGGAAGGACGUGAUGAUCGGCUUCAACACAAUCUACGAUGCCUGCGCGAGGGCUGAGGACUUUGUGGUGGACUACUUCAAGGACAAAGUGGACGUGACGGAGAUCACCCUGACGUACCCCAUCGAAGACGACGAGAUUAUCGCCCUGUUCAGGGAACGGGUCAAGAAAAUCGAGGCUGAAGGCAAACGCGCCCGCCUUGCCUUGUUCGACAUUGUGUCGUCGAAUCCCGGUGUUUUGUUCCCCUGGGAGGCCAUGGUGUCCGCGUGUCGAGAGCUGGGGAUCAUGAGUCUGCUGGAUGGCGCGCAGGGCAUUGGCAUGGUGCAUCUCGACAUGACGGCCACGAGUCCCGACUUUAUGGUCACCAACUGUCACAAAUGGCUCCACGUCCCUCGAGGCUGCGCUGUCUUCCACGUACCGGAGAGAAACCAGCACCUCAUCCCGUCAAGUCUCGCCACUGCGCGUGGGUACGUUCCGCAGAACAACCACCGCGAGGGCAGGACGCAGCCCAUGCCUGAUGAUGGGACCGGGAAGAACCAUUUCGUGAGGAACUUUGAGUGGACGGGCACCAGAGACGACUCCCCCUUCUUGUGCGUCAAGGAUGCCAUUGCUUGGAGGAGGGAUGUUCUGGGCGGCGAGGAUAGGAUCAUCUCGUAUUUGCAGGAUCUCAACCUCAAGGGAAUCCAGCACAUGGCCGACAAGCUGGGUACGACGUAUCUGCAGAACAAGUCUGGCACCCUGACGAACUGCGGCAUGGGCAACGUCGCGCUCCCCCUCUGGGUCGGGGACGAUGGCAAAGCGCGGGCCCCGCCGGGUCAGGCCGUGCUGUCCAAGGAAGACGCGCCAAAGGCAUUCAACUGGAUGCAGGACAAGAUGUUUGACGAAUAUAAGACCUUCAUGGCGCUUUGGGUUCGCUGGGAUCGGUUCUGGGUUCGGAUCAGCGCGCAGGUCUACCUUGAGCUGGACGAUUACGAGUGGGCUGGUAGAGUGCUGGGAGAGUUGAGCGAGAGGGUUGCAAAGGGGGAGUUCAAGGCAUGAUUUCAAGAGGU